AUCUUUAGUCCUCUCCUCCUCCACUCCGCUCCCUCCCUCCCCCACAACGCGGCAGGGCGUACGUUAUCGGAUUCGGGCGCGCGCGGCCGAGAUCCGCAGCACGCCGCCGCCGCCACCGCUAUCGCGCGAUCUCAUCGCCGCGGGAGCUGCAUUGCGCGGCUCGCCACCUCCCCGGCGUUUCCUGGGGGUGGCUCUGGCGGAGGGGCGGGGAACGGGUCACGUCCGCGAUCCACCAGAUCCGACCUCGCCGCCGGCGGCGGCGCCAUGGAGCCCAACGCGCCGCUCGACUACGCGCUCUUCCAGCUCUCCCCCCGCCACUCCAAGUGCGAGCUCGUGGUGUCCGGCAGCGGGCGGACGGAGAAGAUCGCGUCGGGGUCGGUCAAGCCGUUUGUGACGCACCUGCGCGCCGCAGAGGAGCAGGCGGCGGCCCAGCCGCCGCAGCCGGCCAUCCGGCUGCAGCUGGACCGCUGCGCCACGUGGUUCAGCAAGGGCACCCUCGAGAGGUUCGUGCACUUUGUGAGCACAUCCGAGGUGCUGGAGAUGGCGAAUGCCUUCGAUGCAGAAAUGUCGCAGCUAGAAGGGGCUAGUAAGAUUUACGCGGCACAGGGACUGAAGCCUCAGCAGCAGCUGCAGACAUUACAAAUGCAUAGAGAUGCCGUCGUACGUCGUGUACAAGGGUGAGGUUUCCGGAGUCUACGACGACUGGGAGGAGUGUCGGAGACAGGUUCACCGUUUCAGCGGUAAUAGUUAC